AUGGACUUAUCUAUGGCGGCAGAUAAUAGAUCCUCCUCAGAAAAGGCUGUAAAAGAAUCUUUUAUGAAUGGACUUCAAGUCUUUGAAACACUUUAUCGAUUUCCCAAGCCUAUCAUUGCAAGAAUUAACGGACCAUGUCUAGGUGGUGGGGUCGGUCUAGUGUUUACAACUGAUAUUCGAAUAGCGUACCAAGAUGCUUAUUUUGCCUUAACAGAAGUCAAACGUGGUAUUAUACCUGCCAUUAUUUCACAAUAUGUUGUACCUGAAUUAGGGCCUCAAAAGGCUCGUGAAUAUAUGUUAACAGGAAGACGAGCUAAUGUUAGAGAAAUAUCUAAUUGUUUAAGUUAUGUAGCAAAUUCGAUAGAUGAAUUAGAUGAUCAAGUCGUGUCCUAUGCAAAUAUGCUGUUAGAAUCAGCACCUGGCGCUAUGACAGAUAUAAAAAGAUUGAUUAGCAUAAUUCAAUCUGGUGGAGAUACGAAUUCUGCUAUUCGUAUUCGUGAAGUGGUUCAAAAAUCCUAUUUAAACAUGAUGCAAUCAGAAGAAGCUGCUUAUGGUAUUAUGGCAUUUGUAUCUAAGCGGCCAGCUGAUUGGUCUUCUUUUGUAGAAGAGAAUAAUAAGUCUAAAUUGUAA